GGGGAGGGGGAGAGAGGGCAGCUGAAGAAAUCCAGGCCGAGGCGGAGGCGAGCCGUCUAGGCCGCGGGGGAGCUGCAGCCGCCCGGAGGAGCGCCCAGACCAAUGGGAGGACUUGACAGAGUGAACUGAAAAGAAUGGGGCAAAAUGAAGCUCAGCAGACGGACGAUUUUGAGAAUGAAUCUGAUGGCGAUUUAUUAGAUCUGAAGACUCUGGUUGAAAACCAGCAACAAGCCACCAUGAUGAUGGGAGUAAUCCUGGGGGCUGGAGUGGCAGUGGUGCUGAUUGCCACCACCAUCCUCAUUGUACACCGGCGACUACAAGAGAGAAGAAUUCAAGCUCAGGAAACCCCGAAAUACCGAUUCCGAAAACGUGACAAAGUAAUGUUCUAUGGACGCAAGAUCAUGAGGAAGGUGUCGCAAUCUACAUAUUCCUUUGUUGGAACUUCAAGACCAAGAGCAAAAAGGAAACAGAAAAUGCUGAUCAUUGCAAAACGAUUCUUACACAUUAAUAAGGAAGUUCCGACCUUGCAGCCAAAGGAGCCCCCUCCCUCUGUUCUCGAGGCUGACCUGACUGAGUUCGAUGUUGCCAGCUCUCACUUGCCCUUGGAAGUCCUGUACAUGCUGAAGAACGUCAGAGUUCUCGGCCAUUUUGAGAAGCCUCUGUUUCUGGAGCUGUGUAAACACAUGGUCUUCCAGCAGUUCCAACAGGGGGAGUACGUCUUCCGACUGGGUCAGGCAGACAACAGCAUCUACGUGGUACAAGAUGGCAAACUGGAGCUCAGCCUGAUGGGAACUGAUGGAAAGGAGUGUGUUGUGAAGGAGAUUUUCCCUGGUGAUAGCGUGCAUAGUUUGCUGAGCAUUCUUGAUGUUAUCACGGGUCACCAACGACCGUACAAGACGGUAUCGGCUCGAGCAGCUGAAGAAUCGACUGUGCUUUGUUUACCAGUGGAGGCAUUCCAGACUAUAUUUGAGAAGUAUCCUGAAAGCCUGGUCAGAGUAGUACAGAUUAUCAUGGUGCGGCUACAGAGAGUGACAUUCGUGGCUCUGCAUAACUACCUCGGCCUGACCAAUGAACUCUUCAUUCAGGAGAGCCAGCCAUCACGCCUGAUUCCCCAACCAAGCUGUACCACCCGGACCAGCCCUGUGCGACACCGCCGCUUCAUCAGUGUGUCAGUAGCUGACGAUCAGAAGGAUACAGCUGGGAAGAUGGUUCUUGACCCAGGAAAUGAAGUAUUAAAAGGACCAAUUUUGGAGAAUAAUCGGGGAGCGUUGCUGAGCCGCUGUAUAUCCAUGCCAUUGGAUAUUUCUGGGAUACAAAAAGGAGUUUGCUCAGACUUCGACAUGGCCUAUGAAAGAGGGAGGAUUUCAUCGUCCUUACAAGAGGAAAGUCCAGUGAGCUCAAUGCCCCUAAGCAGAUCUGCACCACAGGAGACCAGGGAACGUAAAUCUGUGACAGUCGAGGAACAUCCGUCGUGUGUGUACCUUUAUACUGAGGACGAUACAGAUGAAGUCUAUGGGACCCCUCGGAUCAAGCAUGUUGGAACUAUUUUCGAGGAGGCGAAACAGGAGCUCCUGAAGCUAUUACGUAUUGAGGAUCCAUCUCUUCUCAACAGCCGUGUCACCCUACACUAUGCCAAACCUGGGAGUGUACUGGCCCGUCAGGGAGACCAGGAUGUCAGUUUGCAUUUUGUGCUGUCGGGCUGCCUGCAUGUUUACCAGCGAAUGAUUGACAAGGAGGACGAUGUGUGCCUGUUUGUGACUCACCCUGGAGAAAUGGUGGGCCAGCUUGCUGUCCUGACCGGUGAGCCACUAAUCUUCACCGUCAAAGCAAACCGUGACUGCAUCUUCCUUAAGAUCUCCAAAUCGGAUUUCUAUGAAAUAAUGCGAGAGCAGCCUAACGUGGUGCUCAGUGCUGCACAUAAUGUGGCUGUCAGAAUGUCUCCUUUUGUACGGCAAAUGGACUUUGCGAUUGACUGGAUGGCAGUGGAAGCAGGCCGUGCCCUCUAUAGGCAGGCUGACCGAUCAGACUGCACCUACAUCGUCCUGAAUGGGCGACUGAGGUCUGUCAUCCGUAAGGCGAACGGCAAGAAAGAACUUGUAGGAGAGUAUGGACGUGGAGAUCUGAUUGGAGUGGUCGAAGCCCUAACUCACCAGCCCCGAGCCACUACGAUGCAUGCAGUUCGUGACUCUGAACUGGCCAAGUUACCCGAGGGAACACUAAAUAAUAUCAAGAGAAGGUAUCCUCAGGUAGUCACUCGGUUGAUUCAUCUACUGGGUCAGAAGAUCUUGGGUAACUUGCAGCAGGUGCAUGGGACAUUUCCAGGCUCUGGUAUCGGACUGUCAACAGCUAGCAGUGCCGAUGUAACAAACCCAACCAGUAACCUGUCCACUGUGGCUGUGCUUCCUGUCUGUGACGAUGUACCAAUUGCUGCCUUCACCAUGGAGCUGACUCAUGCACUCAAUGCUAUUGGGCCCACAUUGCUGAUGACCAGUGAUAUUAUUCGGCAGCGUCUGGGUGCGUCAGCACUAGACAGCAUCCAUGAAUACCGUCUGUCAGGCUGGCUGGCCCAGCAAGAGGAUAUCCACCGCAUUGUGUUGUACCAGACUGACUACGGCAUGACACCUUGGACCCAACGCUGCAUUCGGCAGGCUGACUGCAUCCUCAUCAUCGGACUUGGAGACCAAGAGCCCACCUUGGGAGAGCUGGAACAGAUGUUAGAGAACACAGCUGUCCGGGCACUGAAGCAACUCAUCCUUCUACAUAAGGAAGAUGGUCCCAGUCCUUCCCGGACCGUGGAGUGGCUGAACAUGAGGAGCUGGUGUUCAGGACAUUUUCACAUCAAGUGUCCUCGCAGGAUCUUCUCUCGUCGGAGCCUCCAAAAAUUGAGGGAGAUGUAUGAAAAACUAUUUGAGAAAACAGCAGAUCGACACAGUGACUUUUCUCGACUGGCUCGAAUCCUCACGGGAAACACGAUCGCACUGGUCUUAGGAGGGGGUGGAGCCAGGGGAUGUUCCCAUGUCGGUGUAAUGAAGGCCAUGGAGGAGAUUGGAAUCCCGGUCGAUAUUGUUGGUGGAACCUCUAUUGGGUCGUUUAUUGGGGCAUUAUACGCUGAGGAGCGGAGUGCAGUGAGGACGAAGCAGAGAGCAAGAGAGUGGGCAAAUGCAAUGAACUCUGUCUUCAAAACCGUCUUAGACCUGACCUACCCCAUCACCUCUAUGCUGUCGGGUUCUGCCUUUAACACAAGCAUUGCUGAUGUGUUUGAGGACAAACAAAUUGAGGACCUCUGGAUUCCAUAUUUCAAUGUAACAACUGAUAUCACUGCAUCUGCAAUGCGAGUGCACAAAGAUGCAGGCAGUAUCUGGCGUUACGUCAGAGCGAGUGCAUCUUACGUCCCUUAUUUGCCUCCUCUCUGUGACCCCAAGGACGGGCAUUUGCUUGUGGAUGGCUGCUAUGUUAACAAUGUCCCAGCUGACAUCGCAAGAAAUAUGGGCGCCAAAACAGUGAUUGCCAUUGAUGUGGGCAGCAGGGAUGAAGCUGAGCUGAGUAACUAUGGAGACAGCCUUUCGGGAUGGUGGCUGCUUUGGAAACGCCUCAAUCCGUGGGCAGAGAAAGUUAAAGUGCCAGAUAUGGCAGAAAUUCAGUCUCGACUGGCUUACGUUUCCUGUGUUCGGCAGCUGGAGCUGGUAAAGAGCAGUACGUACUGUGAAUACAUCCGGCCACCUAUUGACAGGUUCAAAACCAUGGACUUUGGCAAGUUUGAUGAAAUUUAUAAUGUCGGAUACCAGUACGGGAAGGUGGUGUUCGGCAGCUGGAGCAGGGGUGACAUUAUUGACAAGAUGCUGAAGGAUAGAAAAUCAGUCGACUAUUAUGAAAUCAAGAAGAAGAAUGCCUUUAUGUCCUCGAAUGCUGUAUUCACUGACCUCGCUGAGAUUGUGUCUCGGAUUGAGCCCCCAAAGAUCUACAAUUUAGCAGACGAAGAAUCCGACUAUCUUACUGAAUACGAGGAUGAAGUGAUGGACGCAGUGAGAGAUGAGGAGCAAGAUGAGAUUGAGGAGCUUGAAGACCAGGAGGAUCCAGGAACCAACCACUCAGCUGCUGAGUGGACUCAGGAAUCUGCUUUUGAAAUGAAUGAGCAGAACAACGUGAGGAAUCGUAAACCUGGCAGCAACCCCCAGCAAAUCCCCAGCUCCCAGUCAGACUGAUGCCUAACCUCUGUGUAGUCGGCCUGGCCAGCAACUCCCACUUCAGUCAUGGAACUCAGUGAAAGAAAGGGAUUUACCAGAUUAUCCUGCUGAAUAACAAACAUCUGUUGCACCGGUCUCUGCGAGUGUGUUUUGGAACAUCACGGGCUGCUGAUGUUCGGGUUUGCUGUGGGUGCAGCGUGUCCUUCCAGCUUGAAGUAAAGUGAAGCUGCUGUCCUCCUUUUCAAUCAGUUUUCCCCUCAGCAGAAAAUCUUGCUGCUUGCUCCCAGUGCUUUAAUUUUGUUUAAAUUCCACAUCAUUGGGACACUCGAGUGAGUAGGUGGGUUUGCCAGCAGUCCUGUCCCCACGGGUUUGGGUUUCUGAUGCUGUGCUAGCUUUAACCACACCCUAUCACUUGUUCCACUAGCCUGGAUCUGUCCAUUUUUUUAAUGCAGAUUUGUAGCAAAUCAGCACUCCCAAUCACUUUUGGCGCAGGCCAGUUUUGUUUAAACUCUGUUUUAAACUGAGUGGGUGUUGUACAGAAACAGCACUACCGUAGCCAGUAUCUUCGAACAGAGCUCAGUCUCCAGCUCUGUGUUCACAAUCCAUUAGCUAUUCACUGAAUUUACUGUCCUCAACUGCAUUUAGUACUGUCACAAGUGAGAGAUUUAAUGCUACACUGCUGUUAUGGAGCCACAUCAUGUGGAUGAACUCCUGAGGAGAUGAUGGUUAAAUUGCACUCUGAUAUUCCCCACUCAGUGUGAAUAACCAAGUUCACUCCAUGAUAGAUGCAUUACAGAUAGAUAGAUCUGUAUACAUACGUCUUACCCCAUCUCUCUCCAUUCCCCAUAUUCCACCUUCCUUUUUUUCCCAACCUGUGCCCUUCACCCUCUCUCCCUCUCCCCUACUAACCUCUUCCACUUUCACACUUGCUCACCAACCCCCUCUGCAGUCACCCAAGUUUGAAAGGGUCCAGAUCCCUGUCCAGGUCAGUCUACUAAAACCAAGCAGGAAUUGCAGACUGAGAAUGAAAAGUGAAAAUGUGCCACUCAGUGGAAAUCUCUUGACCUGUUUUGCUCAGCCAUCUUCCUAUUCCUCAAACCCAUGAUUUAAAUCAACACUAGCCCAUCAUUCCUAUGAACCUAUGGACAAGGAACAGUAUACAGCAUGGAAACCUGUAUACAGCACAAAACUGAAAGGGACCGAUGGAAAUCUGUAGAACAAGCAACAACAAACAGUGGAGGAAAAUCCACGCUGUGGAUGCUGGGAACCUUGGAAGAAAGGACAAGUGCUGGAGAAAUUCAGCAGGUUGUGCAGCAUUAGUUCAGAGAAACAGGGUUAAUGUUUUGAGUCCAGUACGUCAGUUCUGAAGAAGUCAUACUGGACUCUCAAUGUUCCCUCUGUUCUUCUCUCCAUAGGAGCUACCAGACCUGCUGAGUUUCUCCAGUGUUCAGUGGUUUUAUUUCUGUACAAAAGUCAUUCAAACAAAUGUAACAAUCAAGGGAAGCCCAGAUGGUACUCUCCUGCUUAUGGCAAUUUAACCAUGGAAAUUACUAGGAGCUUCUCUCACUUUCUUGAGUACAGAUGGCCCUAAACUGUUCCAGGGGUAGGACUGGACCUCCACAGUACAGGACGGCUUUGCUGAGCUACUGAUGAUUAUAACAUGAUCCUUUACUAAGGUUCGUUUUUCUUUUGGCACUGAUAAUGUAAUUGAAAUGUUUAAUUUUUGUACAAUCAAUUAUUGCUGUUCAGCUAUGUAAUCACCUACACUGCCCUUAAUCUGUGACUCUAAUUGGUCACUUUAUUCCCUCGACUUCCUCGAGAUGCUGCUUUUUUUUAGUCUGAAGAGUGGAUGAGAUUAUGUUUUGCAGACAGAGUCAUGAUGGUGUUCUAAUAGAUAUAUUUGGAGGUGCAGAAUCAAUCUGCUGCAGGAUUCACAUGACCACAAACUGUCCAAUCCUCAUCCCCACAGCUGAUAGGCUGAAUAUUCACCAAUCAGACUGAACUCAUUGAGUUUGUCCAUUUAACAAUUAGCAACCUGCUGACAUUCCCAGGUCCUCCUGCCCCAGCCCAGCACCUGCAUCCGAACACUAGCAGACUAAUGAAAGGGCAGGCUCCAUCACCAAUGUAACUGAGCAGAGGGAACAUUCAAUGUCAUUACUAGUGAAUGAGAGGUUAGGACAUGAAGCUGUCUAUGGUCCCUGUCUGACUUUGAGAGGUUCUGUAAUAUCAGUGACUGUGAAGUGUAAAGAAGGGGCACUGGGAUCCUGGGCCAAUUUCAGGAUUUGCCCUCAAGGCAAGUUGUUGGAAUGGAGUGAGGGGGGAGGCUAACCUCCACCUCCUGUGCUAUGCUUGAUGUUGAGAGUAGGAGAAAGCCCCCCACCUUUUCCUCCGCUACAUCGAUGACUGUAUCGGCGCUACCUCGUGCUCCCCCGAGGAUGUUGAACAGUUCAUCCACUUUACUAACACCUUCCACCCCGACCUCAAAUUUACCUCGACCGUCUCAGACUCCUCCCUCCCCUUCCUAGACCUCUCCAUUUCUAUCUCGGAUGACCGACUCAACACGGAUGUUUACUAUAAACCGACUGACUCCCACAGCUACCUAGAUUACACCUCCUCCCACCCUGCCCCCUGUAAAAACACCAUCCCAUAUUCCCAAUUCCUUCACCUUCGCCGCAUCUGCUCCUAGGAGGACCAGUUCCAACACCGCACAGCCCAGAUGGCCUCCUUCUUCAAAGACCGCAAUUUCCUCUCAGAUGUGAUUGAUGAUGCUCUCCACCGCAUCUCCUCCACUUCCCGCUCCUCCGCCCUUGAGCCCCGCCCCUCCAAUCGUCGCCAGGUCAGAACCCCACUGGUCCUCACCUACCACCCCACCAACCUCCAGAUAUGUUGUAUCAUCCUUCGUCAUUUCUGCCACCUCCAAACAGACCCCACCACCAGGGAUGUAUUUCUCUCCCCUCCCCUUUCAGUAUUCCAGAAAGACCACUCCCUCCGUGACUCCCUCGUCAGGUCCACACCCCCCACCAACCCAACCUCCACUCCCGGCACCUUCCCCUGCAACCGCAAGAAAUGCAAAACUUGCCCCCACACCUCCCCCCUCACUUCCCUCCAAGGCCCCAAGGGAUCCUUCCAUAUCCGCCUCAAGUUCACCUGCAACUCCACACACACCAUUUACUGCAUCCGCUGCACCUGAUGUGGCCUCCUCUAUAUUGGGGAGACAGGCCGCCUACUUGCGGAACGUUUCAGAGAACACCUCUGGGACACCAGCACCAACCAACCCAACCACCCCGUCUCUUAACUCCCCCUCCCACUCCACCAAGAACAUGCAGGUCCUUGGCCUCCUCCAUUGCCAGACCAUGGCAACAUGACAGCUGGAGGAAGAGCGCCUCAUCUUCCGCCUAGGAACCCUCCAACCACAAGGCAUGAAUGCAGAUUUCUCCAGUUUCCUCAUUUCCCCUCCCCCCACCUUAUCUCAGUCCCAACCCUCAGACUCAGCACCGCCUUCUUGACCUGCAAUCUUCUUCCCAACCUCUCCGGCCUAUCACUCUCAUCUUAACCUCCUUUAACCUAUCGUAUUCCCAACGCCCUUCCGCCAAGACCCUCCUUCCUACCUUUUAUGUUAGCCUGCUUGGCACACCCUCCUGAUUCCAUUUUGAUGUUGAGAGUCCUUGUUACAGAUAAUGGGUUCUGAAGGCGAGGGAGGGUUCUGUGAGUUCACCCCAAGCAACAAGCCAGUUAUGAGCUUUCUGUUGGCAGUGGUGGAAAGGGUGGGCAGUGCGAUAACACUGAAGAUGGAAAGAAGACGGAAAGAAGACUGAGGAGGAAUGGUAGUGAUGGGAAUGAAAGUGGUCAGGACUGUAACAACCCCAACCUAGCUAAUGUUGGCCACCCUGUAUGAGAGAAGUCAGUUAUAGCAGAUUAAAUACCUGCUGGUAGAUCAAGAGGUGGAUGUAAUCAUUCUCCCUCUUCCCUAACUCUUAGUUUGGAAUUCGUGUCCCUGUUCUGUCGUUUGGAGAUGUUUAGGUAGCAGAGGCACAGCAGUCUGCACCAGCUCAUUUAUUAUGCUGUCCUCCUCCUCCUGUUUAAUCCUCUGGACCAGAUUAUAUGUAACGAUAACCUCCUUAACCUUCCUGCUGUCGGCUCGUUUGAGAACGGUGAAGCUGCCUUUCUGGUGAAUGUUUUGAUGGCACACCUUGUCAGUAGCCAUCACACUGAGGCGUUGUUCAGUAAAACCAUUCCAGGCCACUGCAGAACCGAAGCGACCUUCCUGUAGGGCCCUUUCCAAGUUAGACUGGACAUGUGCAGACUGACUCCCUCUGGUACAUUUGAGUGUCAAAGGGAAAAUGAUGAGUAAGGUUAGAAUGAGUGUUGAGCUGCUGUGGGAAAUUAGCUGCAGCUUCAGUGAUGGGGAUAAUGUUUGUAGCCUGUACUUGCCUUUUAGAAGUGAAGUCUAUGCAUCGAGCCUGUUGUACCCUAUGAAGCUAUAAUGUUUGGAUGUUCCAACAUUUUAGUGUUAUGUGAAGAGACUUCACCCAUAUUAAUACAGUAAAGGGAGAUAGGCUGUCAAAGCUUUUCAUGUUCUGCCCAUCAGGAUGGAUUUGUUAGAACACCAGAUUUGAGUAGCAAGUUAUCCUGUUUUCGCUAGAUCAGUAUAAAUGGUUGUCCCAUUUGAAAUUUGCUAUUCUUGUGAUUAUAUCCUGAUGGAUGUAACAUGAGAAGCUUGCACAGUGUGUCUCCCUUUACAAUAGUAAUAGGAUUCUGUUAGGUUAUUGCUCAUGUACUGAGUUGUGUCAGUCCCAAUCUGAACUGAGGCCAUUGCAGAUAACUACAUAGAUAAAAGCAGCCCUUGGCUCCUGAGCUUGGGGUUUUCAUUUUGGUUCAGCUAUCUGACUGCUAAAGUGAGCACAGCACAGUCAGACCAGGCAGCACCAACAAGGUACUUUCCUCUGGAAACAGCAAGGCAUGGCCAUCCUGGUGGUAUACGGGCCGUUGGCAUGUGCUCAUAGUAACUGUCCCCUUUCUUGCUCAGUAUUAAAUGCAGGUGGUUUGCUGCCCCAGUCAGAGGCUGCUAGGUUGCACGAGUAACACUAUACUGUGGGUAAGGUGGGGUGGGUAGACUGGGCACAACUGUAACCAAAUCCUGAGAUGUUCUCAGCAACAUUGCACAGACAGUUUUUCAAAAACCAGCAGACCCGAGAGAUUCUUGCACCUCCAACACUAGUAAAACUAACAAUGCAAUUUUCAGUUGAGCUCUGUUUAACCUGCUAUUGGCACUGGUCAGUAAUGGAUGUUAAAUAAUUCUGUGCAUUUUUGUAGUUUUUAUCAUUUGCAAUGAUUAACAUGAAAUUUAUUUCUAAAGUUGGUCAGCAAUAUAAUAAAUCGUUGACUAGCAGAUGUCACAAAUUCUGAUGGUUGGAUAUUUAAAGGAAGUAAUGGUA